CGAGCAUGUCGUCUUCUUUCUUCUCCUUUCCUUCUUCAUCAUUUAGGAGUUCUCUUCUUCACUAGAUUUCUGCUCGGGUCCUUGUUUUACUCACGAUUACCAGCCAUGUCCGCCGACUCUCAGGCUCUGACCAAGCGUCAAAGCGACACCAGCCUUAUGCCCCCGCCGCCGCCACCCAAGCGUAUCAAGCGGCCGGCCACUGUGUUGGACGAAGACGUGUACACCAAUGCUCUGUCGGAGAUCAUCGCACGUGAUUAUUUUCCCGGUCUUCUAGAAGCCCAGGUGAAGCAGGAAUACCUGGAUGCGCUUGAUUCGAGAGACAAACAAUGGAUUGCAAGCUCCAAGAAGAAAUUGACCGAUCUCUUGAAGACUCCAGGGAGAGCUCGAUCGCAUUCCGGAUCAGCCAGUAUGACACCACGAGCCACCAAUUCGGGACGUCCUGAAGAUACCCCGAUGGGCUGGGGAGGAGAUACACCGAUGUCAGUCAUGUCAACAACAUCUUCAUCUACUACACCCAACGUUGACCAUGUUACGACCCCGGAUGUGUCCCGCCUUGGAUUGCUAGAGUUCCAGGCCAAAUAUACGAGCGAAGAUAAUGAGUCAUUCAACAAACUGCUCGAUAAACAGAAUGAAAAGCACCGCGAGAGAUAUAAAUGGUUGUGGAGUGGGAAUAAGAUCCCAACUGCGAGACAGAUCGCGCACCGGCGACAAGAAGCUAAACGGAUCGAGGCCCAGGGCGGUAAUCCAGAUCAGCUCAAGCAGAUAGCUAUAAAGACUGACCUGGACGCCCGGCCCGCGAAUCCAGACACCUGGAAAACUCAACCUGAGAACUCGCUCAUGUUUGCGCCUUCCUCCAUCGAGGAUUCAUAUGAAACUAUACAGCAAAAAGCUGAAGCAUCGUCGCGGGCAGGCCCCAAGCGGGUAGUGUUUCAGAACACACGGUUACCAGAUGAGAGCAUCCAGCAAACGCCAUCGGACGCAAAUGCACCCCCGCCCUCACCUUCGAUUUCGGCCAUCAAAGACGCUAUUGCCGGACACCCUCGUCCCACCGAAUCUGAAGCAGUAUAUACAGGGGGUGAGACGCCACGAGUUAAUGGGUACGCCUUUGUGGAUGAGGAUGAGCCUGAAUAUCCUCUCACUUCAUCAAAAGACAAUGACAAUUCUGCGAUAUCUCCGGAUGAUAUUCGCCUGCUUGGCGGCAGUGAUGCCACGCCGAAUCCUUUCGAGAUCAAAGAAAACCGGAGACGGGAAGAUAUUCACCACCGCAUGGUAGAUCGCGUAGCGAGGUCUAAGCGAGCAGAGAAAUCCCUUCGUGAGACAAAGACCCCCGUAACGCCACGGUUUGCCAGCAGCCCACGAUUGGACUUUGGCUUGCGCACGCCGGGUGCAGCUACGCCAGGAGGGAGGACGAACAAAGCGUUGACUCCCGCAGCACAGAAGUUACUCCAUCAGGUGGGAAGUACUCCUCGUCUAGCGGCAUCAUCCUCGAGCUCAUCUCUGAGAAAUAUGUGGACACCGACCCCGAAAAGGGGCAAAUAAUGUGGUGUCUGCUCUCACACGGACUUCUCUCUUUCCUCUUUUCAAGCAUAUUGGGUUAGCGUUUGUGUUUUAACUUGUCAUUAUUAGAUACCAGUGGUUUAUAGAGGCGUCAUGGAUAGGGGAUUCUAUGCGACUAUGAGAUAAAGGUUGUUAAAGGUUCAACUUUUCCAUUACGACAGUUGCCAUCUACAUUUCGGCAACUGCCAGAUAACAAUGUAUAUACUAAUUCGGAAGUGUGAGGUUUCUAACUAGCUAGCUGCCAGUUGGUCUAGUAUUGAAACAGAUUUAGGCAAGUGUGAAGACUUUUUGUUUGUAGAAAAGACUGGCUCACCUGCCAACUAUAGGCCAC